AUGACAGAUGAGAUCAACAAACCUCAUUGUACCCAUCAAAGAGGUGACUCAAUCUUUGGGAGAAUAAUUCGCAAGGAAGUUCCAGCCAACAUAAUUUUCGAAGAUGACCUAUGUGUUGCUUUCCAUGAUGUUUGCCCCCAAGCUCCAAUUCAUUUCCUAGUGGUGCCAAGGAAACCCAUUAUGCAGAUAUCUUUAACAGAGGAUGAUGAUGAAAGACUUCUUGGACACUUAAUAAUUGUUGGCAAGAAAUGUGCCAAUGCUAUGAGCCUGAAGAAGGGAUACCGGAUGGUGAUCAACGAAGGUGCGGAUGGUGGACAAAGUGUCUUUCAUAUCCAUCUCCAUGUACUGGGAGGCCGUCAAAUGAAAUGGCCUCCUGGAUAA